AUGACAGCGCCAGCCAUCUACCCUAGUCUUUCCAAUAAAACCGUACUCGUAACAGGCGGGGCGGAAGGAAUAGGCGCAGCAACCGUUGAGAGAUUUGCGUAUCAAGGUUGCCAAGUGCUCAUUCUGGACAUAAACAAAGAAGCAGCCCAGCGAACCAUCACUCAUAUUUCUCAUCUCCAAAGCCAGACUAAAGAGAGCCCAUCAACGAAAACUCCCAUCUUCUACCCAUGUGACCUUUCAAGUUUAGAGGAAACGAAAGCCAUCAUCGCAAAGAUCUUAGCAGAGUGGACUACGAUCGACGUACUGAUCAACAACGCCGCGGCAACAGGAAAAGGCGCAAGACUUCGAACGGAAGAUGUCACAUCUGAUUCCUGGGACUUCUUGACACGUUUUCUUCCUCACUCAGGCAGUCCUUCCAGCGAUGAAAGCCGCCGGGCCGGAAGUAUCGUGAAUAUUGGUUCCAUUACAUGGCGUAUCCCAGCUCCCGAUUCACCUGUAUAUGCUGCCUGUAAAGCAGCUGUUAUGGGACUUACCCGUGUACAAAGCAAGGAGGUCGGCGCUGCCAAUAUUCGCAUUAACAGUGUGAUGCCUGGUGCCAUUGUGACUCAGAGGCAACGGGAGGAUGUCCUGACCCCUGAAUCUCGUGCAGAGGUAAUGCGCGGACAGAGCUUACAACGGGAUCUAUUGCCAGAGGAGGUAGCUAAGGUAAUUGUCUUUUUGGCAAGUGAUAAGGCAAGUGGAGUUACUGGAAGCAUAUAUACUGUGGAUGGCGGUUGGUGCAGUGACCCUUGA